GUAUGAUAUCUGUUGUUACAGUCAGCCCUCCAUACAAACCAGAUAAUCUAAACGAGUUCCCUCGUCAAAUGCGCUCAAGUUGACAAGUGCCACUGUGAUCACGUUAUGCUAGAUCGUUCAUGGCAACUCGGCACACCUUCACGGACACGGACACUUCCGAUGAAGCAGUGAGGGCGACAUGUGACGAUGCCACGUCGUGCAAAAGGUUUGCCAUCAGUAAAAACUACUGGCGAGACCCUUACAUCCAGUAUUUCGUGAGAUCAGUUGGAGAGCGAAAGGCACCUGAAAUCAAUAGAGGUUAUUAUGGUCGUGUUAAAGGUGUCAACCAUCUCAUUGAUGCAUUCAUAAGGAAAACUGAGCGUGCAUGUCAAGUGAUCAACUUAGGUGCCGGGCUAGAUACCGCCUUCUGGAGACUCAGGGAUGAAGCUCUCUUGCCUAAGAAGUAUUUUGAAGUCGACUUUCCGACUGUUGUGGCCAGGAAAAUACAUUAUAUAAAGACUAAACCGCACUUAUCCAAGCCGAUCAUCGAAACCCAUUCAACAGAUUCCUUGCUACUAGACGCCCACAGCCUAGACUCCGAUCGAUAUUGCAUCAUAGGCGUGGACCUCCGGGACAUUUCUACUUUGGAUGAAAAGCUGAAGAAGUUCCAUCUUAAUCCAGAGUUGCCUACAUUGCUGCUUUCAGAGUGUGUGCUGGUCUACAUGACACCUUCUCAGUCCUCCAAUUUAGUUCGCUGGGCUGCAGACACCUUUCACACCGCCAUGUUCAUCAAUUACGAACAGGUAAACAUGAGCGACCGUUUUGGCCAGGUGAUGAUUGAGAACCUGCAGCGGCGUCAGUGCACGCUAGCAGGUGUUGAGGUGUGCCGGUCUCUGGACUCCCAGAAGGAACGAUUUCUCAGAUCUGGCUGGGAGCAUGCCAAUGCUCUGGACAUGGUGACGGUCUACAGUAUGCUUCCAAAGGAUGAUGUGGCAAGAAUUGAGCGGCUGGAGUUCCUUGAUGAGAAGGAGCUGUUGCAGCAACUCCUUCAGCACUACAGCAUUUGCUGGGCCAUCAAGGACAAACUCAGUCUGGGCCUGUCCCAGUUGACGUUUUGACUGAAUUUCUUCAUCAGUGGAUGUGCUUGAAAUGAAUUGGAAUAAUAAGUGUGAAUUUAUCGAUCACACCUCUAUCAUGGACUUGUUCUUCAUCCUGCAAAAAAACCUUGCUAUAAACACUUAGAGGCUUCAGUGCAGUUUACUUUGUCACAAACCAAAAGGAUUUUUUUUAUUUAGAUGCAGACAAGACAAUUCAACUGUUUUUUCAAAGAAUUAUGUGCCAUUUGUUUUUGUUUUUUUAAUUUAUUCAUCAUUUGUUCACACUUUUAAUAAAUGCGAUUGAACGAUAAACAUAUACACUGUACUGUAUCUUACAGUUGCUUAAAAUUUAUUUUAGGAUAGUGCAUUUUCAAAAAUAUUUUAAUAAUGACUUUUAAAUGGCUGAUCAUGGCCAUCUUACAACGAUGGAAAUAAGGCCGCUAGCAACUGAAUAAACCUGUGUU